AUGGCCGAGGUAGAGCUCCAAGACCCCAGCAAAGAGGUCAUGCCAGAUUUCAACGCCCCUGCCCUCAGGCCGAUCCUAGAACAGCAACUCAAGGAAGGGCAGACACUAGACGAACUCGUCAAGUCGCUGGUGGACUCUUGGACCGCAGACCACGAGCACCGCUUACAGCAGUACAACCAAGCACAGGAGGAGAGACAGCGCGAGGAAGAUGAACGCGAACGAGCGAGGUUAGAGAGGGAGGAACAGGACAGGCUGGAAAGGGAGAGAAAGGAACAGGAAGAAGAGAGAAGGAGGAUAGAAGCGGAACAACUCAAGCUCGCCAAAGAGGUCCUCGAGAAGCAGCAAAGCGAACUCAAAACCAGGGAGACGAAGAGGAAAGCCAAGGUCAUCGCUGUCGACAAACCGGUCGACACCAAGUCAGCGACGAAGGUUUCAACCUUCGCAAGGUCGAAAACUCGCAACUUCGAUUUCGUGGAUCUGUAUUAUUUCUCCCCGGAGGGCUGCAAACAAGCCACGGAGCUGGAACGCACCACCGGGAGCGACGCUCUGGCCCCUGUUGAGAUCAACCAGCAAAUCGUAUACAAGCCCGUUGCAGCCCACCAGCCGCUUUCCCGGGUCACAAAGGACCACAACAUGACGUGGAGCGCCAUCUCCGUUGCCAAAAACGUCUUCCUACAAGUCAUAAAGGAGGAAGCAUGGGGAGACGACAUGAUCCUUGCCCUCACGACAUUCUAUUACUCCCUCGAGACCCACGACAUCCGCACUCAACCCCGGGGUGAAGCAGCCAUCAUCCGCUAUCACGCGGAGGUACGAAGAGAGUUCUUCGAGGCACUGAAGGCGCCAGGAGACGACCCCAUCUUCGACAUAGGGAAGAUCAAUGAGGUCAGGCUCCAACGCAUCUACGACGACAUCCUCAGAGAAGCACAGGAGGCGGGAAUAGCUGCGUAA